CCUCCUGAGAUACUAGGUGUGACUGAGGACAUCCCAGACUGUGGGAAUCCCAAGAAGACUCUUUUGCCUCAAGUAGGAGCUCAGCAGCACAAAAUGUAAGGACUUUCAGACGUUAGACCCAGAAAAGGCAAGUGGAGCCUCCAACCAUUUCAGAGACUCGGCCAGAGGCAGUUCACCCCUGAUUUGGACUCCAGCACUUUCUCCCUCACUAGUGUACUGAGACCUUAAAAAACACAAAGCUUGGAGUUUUGGGGUUUCUUGUGGUUGUCCACUGCUGUCCUCUGACCAUGGGAACAGUCUCAACUGACCUUUGUCCCUGGGACAGAAGGCUAUGAACUACCAUCCCAACUCAGGUGUUCAAAGGGACUGCCAGCCUCAAGCCUUGCUGUCCGAGUAGACAAUUCACCUCUUGCCACAGGUCUUUCUGGGCCCAGAAGACCCUACCUCAGCCUAGGUCCAGCACUGCAGCCAUGAUGGAAGAAGACACAGGAGACAUAGAACAAUGGCAACAGAUGUUCCAGGAACUGAUUCAAGAGGUGAAACCUUGGCACAAAUGGACCCUCACACCAGACAAGGACCUUCUUCCCGAUGUUCUGAAGCCAGGAUGGACACAAUACCAGCAAAAGACCUUUGCCAGGUUCCACUGCUCUUCCUGCUCUCGAAGUUGGGCCUCUGGCCGAGUCCUGAUAGUCUUCCACAUGCGGUGGUGUGAGAAGAAGGCCAGGGGGCGGGUGAAGAUGAGGGUGUUUGCUCAGAGGUGUAAUAAGUGCCCCGAGCCUCCAUUUGCAACUCCAGAGUUCACUUGGGACAACAUCUCAAGGAUCUUGAACAACCUGCUCUUCCGAAUUCUGAAAAAGUGCUAUAAAGAAGGGUUUAAGCAGAUGAGUGAGAUUCCUUUGGUUGGGGACACCAGUCUCGAAGGACCACAUGACAGCGGCAACUGUGAGGCCUGUCUGCUGGGCUUUUGUGCUCAGAAUGACUUAGGUCAAGCCUCAAAACCACCAGCACCCCCAUUAUCUCCUACCUCCUCCAAGUCAGCCAGGGAGCCUAAAGUCACUGCCACCGGUAGCAACAUUUCCUCCUCACGGGCCACCUCGAAAGAGAAGCCCCAAACAUCAAAAGUGAACCCCCAAGCCAGCAACCCUACCAAGGAUGACCCCAAGGUCAGCUGCACCUCAAAACCAUCAACUACUCCAAGACUGACGAUCCAACAGCUGUCGGUAGUAAGCUCACCUGUCCCCAGAUGUGUCAUUCAAAUGCCUUCUUCUUCUCCCGCUCCCCUUCCUGUCAUUCAAAUGCCUUCUCCUGCUCCCGCUCCCGCUCCCGCUCCUGCUCCCGCUCCUGCUCCUGCUCCCCCCGCUCCAGUCGUCUUUGUCGACAACAGCAGAGCAGCAGGUAUAGCAAAAAAGGCCACCAGAUCUAAGACCCCGAAGGCAUUGCGCUCAUCCUCUUUAUAUGUCCCACCCAUUUCCUCCUAUGCUCCACCCACCUCCUAUGCCCUGCCCACCUCCUCUUAUGUCCCACCUACUUCCUCUUAUGUCCCACCUACUUCCCCUUAUGUCCCACCCACUUCCUCCUCAUUUGUUGUGCCCAUUUCCUCCUCAUGGAGACCACCAGCAAGCACCUCUUGCCAAGUAGAGAGAGGCAGUCAUAUCCGCCCACAAAGCCAGUCUUCCUGCUGCGAAGGUUGCUGUGGGGCCUGCUGCGGGGCCUGCUGCGAGUGCUGCUGUAAGAGCUUCCAGGGCUGCUGUGGGAUCUUGGGGAGCUGCUGUGAGAUCCUCGGGCGCUGCUGCGUGGGCUGCUAUGAGAUCUUUGGGGGCUGCUGUGAGGCCAGCUGUAAUUGCAUGUCACAGAGUCCACUGUGUUGUUUGGCCUUUCUAAUCUUGUUCCUGUUGCUAUGGUACUUAUUGUAAAAUGCAAUAUAUGAGCCUUGGGG